CGGCUUUGCACGUUAACCAUCACCUGAAGGUGAUUCUGCAUCCUAGAAGUUCCAUGGGACAGCCUCUUAAGGCUCUAUCUUCAGCUGUGGAGCUUUUGGAGAAUAAAAAGGUCGACGCACUGAUAGGCCCACAAACAUCUGAAGAAGCCGAGCUUCUGGCUGAAUUGGGAGAUACAGUGCCUAUCAUCUCCUUUUCUGCUAGUAGCCCUUUCUUGUCCCAAUAUAAAAAUCCAAACUUCAUCCGAAUGACAACUAAUGAUAACUUCCAGGUCGAAGCCAUUGCUGCUCUUGUUCAAGAAUUCGGGUGGAGAGAAUUGGUUAUGGUACAUGAGGACAGUUCCUAUGGAAACGGAAUCAUACCCAAUCUUCUUCUCGCAUUAGAAGAAGGCAAUGCUCGAGUAGCGCGUCGAACUGUCAUUCCACCGCAAGCCGGGGACAUAUAUGUCGAAGCCCAACUGUAUAAACUGAUGGCUCUGUCUGCCAAUAUAUUCAUUGUCCACAUGUCUGCUUCCCUCGCAUCUCGGUUUUUCUUGAAGGUUAAUGAGUUGGGAAUGAUGACUACUGGCUAUGGUUGGCUUGUGACUGAUGGGAUAGUAAACGAGCUGACUGCGAUGGAUCAGUCGGUUUUAGACUCGAUGCAAGGAGUCGUAGGACUUAGACCUUAUAUUCCACCCUCAGAGCUGCUUCGCAACUUCUCAUUGAAGUGGAGGCACAGCUUUUUCACAUACCAGCAUCAUCAAAUUCCUCAAGUAAAUGUAUAUUGCUUAUGGGCGUAUGAUUCUGUCUGGGCUUUAGCCACAGCAGUGCAUCAUUUAGGUCCUACAACUUCUGUAGAGAAGAAUGAUUCUGCAAAUAAGCUUGCUCAUCUGACUGCCAUUCCAACGAGACCGACAGGAUCCGAUCUAGUCCGCAAAAUUCUGCAUGGCAAGUUCACUGGUUUAAGUGGGGAAAUUCAACUUAAGAAUGGACAGCUGCAACCACCGGAAGCAUUUGAAAUAGUGAAUGUUUUUGGAAGAGUCAAGCGAAUCGGAUUUUGGACCCAAUUUGAUGGGAUAACGACGGGGCUAAAUAGGUCUACUGCUGCAACUCAAUCACCCUCUGUGAGAGAAAUGGGCUCUAUUCGAUGGCCUGGAUCAUCCUUGGCUAUACCGAAAGUUCAACGGAUUAUGCCCAAGUCUGGGAAGAGAUUGAGAAUCGGAGUUCCAAUUAAAGUAGGAUUUAAAGAAUUGGUGGGAGUGGAAUUCGAUCCGGUGACAAAUGCGACAAUGGUAACAGGAUUUUGCAUAGAUGUGUUCAAGGCUGCAACCGAUAUGUUGCCCUAUGAAGUAAAAUUUGACUUCAUCCCGUUUACAGAUUCGGACAUAUUGAUGGCUGCAAGCUACUAUAAUGAUCUCAUAUACCGCGUUUACCGUCAGCAAUAUGAUGCAGCCGUGGGUGACAUAACCAUCAUGGCAAAUAGAUCGUUGUAUGUGGACUUCACAAUCCCUUUCACAGAAACUGGAGUGGGGAUGAUUGUGCCAAUUGAGACGUCACGAAGCACAAACAUGUGGAUAUUCAUCCAGCCUCUCACAGCGGAUCUAUGGUUAGUCGUAGGAGCUUUCUUCAUCUUCACUGGAUGGGUGGUGUGGACAAUUGAGCACAAUGACAACGAUGAAUUCGAAGGACCAUUAGCUCAACAAAUUGGAAUAGUGAUGUGGUAUUCGUUCUCGACACUCUUUUUUGCACAAAGGGAAAAAUUAACCAGCAACUUGUCCAAAGUUGUGGUAAUUGUAUGGUUGUUUGUAGUUCUAAUAUUAACAUCCAGUUACACAGCAAACCUGAGCUCAAUGCUGACAGUUCAUCAGCUUCAGUCCUUGCCAAAGGGCGAAUCUAUCGGUUUCCCUGUCAACAGUCCAGCAGGUCAGACAUUCCUGAUCAAUCUACCCUUCAAAAAGCACUCUUUUUAUCCUUUGAAAAAGGUUGAAGAUUAUGCGAAUGCUCUGAGAUAUGAAAGCCGAAAAGGUGGUGUGUCAGCAAUUAUUGAUGAAAUUCCUUAUGUAAAUCUCUUCAUUUCCAAGUACUCUGCUGAAUACACCAUGGUUGAGCCUUCAUACUACAGCACCAAAGGAUUUGGCUUUGCUUUUCCUAAGGGUGACCCUUUAGUCCCUGACAUUUCUGCAGCAAUAGCACAAAUGAGAGAAGAGGGAAAACUCAACUUGAUAAGCCAAAAUUGGUUUCAAAAUCAUUCUUUACUCAGAAAUCAAGAUUCUGCAACAAAAGUGGCUAGACUCGACUUAUACAGCUUCCGCGGUCUCUUCCUUAUCACAGCCAUCACUUCAUCUGUAGCUGCGAUAGUAUCCUGCAAAUAUUUGAAGAAAGAAUCAACAAAUUCGCAGCAACAUGAGGUUGCUGAUAAACCUGUUGAAGAGAAGUUCUCGCCAGUUAGUGACAUCCCAUCAAGAAGAAUCAGUUCUAAACACAUCAGAAGAUAUUCCUAUUGAAUCAGAAGAAAGUGUGAUGUCCUCAACUGAUGUAUAUACCCUCAAUAUCAUGGUGCUUCUAUGUGGCAACAGACCAGGAACUUUGAAGCUUGUUAGGAUUUCUUAGCUGUAGGGAUGAAGAAUGAAGUCUUGUUAGAACUUUGAAGAUGUUUGAAUUAUAAUAUGUCCCUCUUAUACCUUCUGCUCUUUUUUAACUACAUCCGUAAAAUUAACCGUAAGA